GAUUGAAUUAUGCAGAAAAUAGUUAUCCAAGUGCGCAUGGAGAAUGAGAAAUGCAGAAGCAAGGCAAUGAAAAUUGCUGCAGGCUCUGAAGGUGUGCAUUCAGUGGCAUUAGAGGGUGAAGACAGAGAUGAAGUGGUGGUGACUGGAGAUGCGAUUGAUUCGGUUUGCUUGACUAAUAAAUUAAGAAAGAAGUUGAACUAUGCAACUCUUAUGAGUGUGACAGAUGAAAACCCUGCCAAUGAUCAAAUCACUAUAGAGAAAAUCUUUCCAAUACCUUAUUGUUAUUCAAAUUUUCCUCCACCUAGUCAUUUAUAUGUAUACUGGAUUAUGAUUCAUACCCCAAUGCUUGCUCCAUUCUCUAGUUUCCAUCAGAGGGUGCAACCAAAAUAA